UUUUUUUUUUUCAGUACAGUGUGUAAACCACGCUUCCCGCGUACGGCAGACCCUCCUCCUGCUUUCUCCUCCACCUCAGUUCUGGGAGGAGGGCUGAGUGAACUUGAUCACUUACUACAGGAGCUUAAUGCCACACAGUUCAACAUCACAGAUGAGAUUUUGGCACAAUUCCCCAGCACCAAAAAAGAAGAUCAAUUUUCAAAGUCUGGUCCAUCCUCUACUGGGUCAGCGAAACCCUCAGCUACAUCUGCUACUUUAGAGCUGGACAAACUAAUGGCGUCUCUAUCAGACUUCAGAGUCCAAAGCACACCAGCAGCACCUGUGGGUCCUGUGGCAUCUUCAUCACAGCAAACAGCUUCUCCAACCUCUGCAUCCUCUGGAGGCUCAUUGGACAGCAUGUUGGGUCUUCUCCAAUCAGAUCUGAGCAGGCAGGGAGUGCCUACCUCCUCUAAGGGAAACUGUUCCGCCUGUCAGAAACCAGUUGUAGGACAGGUUGUAACAGCUCUGGGACGGGUAUGGCAUCCAGAGCACUUUGUUUGCUCUGAGUGUGAGUGUGAGCUUGGCAAUUGUAAUUUCUUUGAGAAAGAUGGUCGACCAUACUGUGAGCCUGACUACUUCACCCUGUACUCACCUCACUGUGCACAAUGCAACAAGCCCAUUCUCAAUAAAAUGGUGACUGCGCUGGAUAAAAACUGGCAUCCAGAAUGCUUUAGCUGUGUGAAAUGCAGCUCAACAUUUGGAGAUGAAGGUUUUCAUGACCGUGAUGGCAAGCAGUACUGCCAGAAGUGUUUUCUGGCCCUCUUUGCCUCUCGUUGUCAAGGUUGUUCCCAGCCCAUCAUGGAGAAUUACAUCUCAGCUCUAAGUGUUCUGUGGCAUCCUCAAUGCUUUGUUUGUAGGGAAUGCUAUAGCCCAUUUGUGAACGGGAGUUUCUUUGAGCAUGAGGGACAACCCUUGUGUGAAGCUCACUACCACCAAUCCCGAGGAAGUGUGUGCCAGGCAUGCCAGCAACCCAUCCUGGGGCGCUGUGUCACUGCAAUGGGUGCCAAGUUUCAUCCACAGCAUCUGGUGUGCCACUUCUGCCUGAAACCCCUCAGCAAAGGGUGCUUCAAAGAGCAGGACAACAAACCAUACUGCCACCCCUGCUUCAUCAAACUCUUUGGCUGAGGAGAGUGAGGAAAUAUGAUAAAGCAGAUUACUCAACUGCCAUCUAGAUUUUCAUGAAAAAAAAAAAAAAAUGU